AUGGAGAGCUCCUCGGCGCCGCUAGCGGACUAUUUUUGGAUCGCAGGCAUUGAGUCUGUGUCUUAUAACGAUCCCCUUGUCCCUUCGACUCCUAAUCAACUGGAUACCGCAAUUGCCGAGGAUGGCGAACCUGAUGACCAGUCCGAUUCUCAAGUGCCGCCUCUUGGUCACAGGCGUAGCGCUCGCCAUUCACGCCAGAAUUCGAGCAACCGGCUUUCCAGGGCCUCCAUCUCCAACUCAAUCCAUACCCUAGAAGAACUUGAUGGCAAUACUAGAAGUAAUCGCAGUAGUGCUACUAUUAGACCUAACCCUCCACCUGGAGGGUUUGAGAAUUCGGAUGGGCCCUUUUUAGAUUUUGAUUUCGACAAAGCUCUCGUUAAGUUUGCUGCGGAGCGAGAGAAUUUCUUAGAAGAUCUCAGCUUCUCUGCGGGCGCGAAGACGCAGACUAGGCCACCGAUGGUGAAUCCACGGGCUGAACGAAUUAAAGCAGAUGAAAAUGCUAAUGGCAGACUAAGCCCUCUAAAAAGUAUCAGGGGCAGUAUCCGCGGCAGCAUACGGCGCAAGAUUAGCUUCAGAGACAUGAACAGCUCAAGAAAACAACCGACUACUCCCAGACCUGGUAUGGACCCAUCCAAGCAUCGUGUAGUAGGGCAUCCCACGAUGCUCCUCGGCCACGACUGCAAACAACAGCCUGCGUUCUGUACUGACGUAUACGAAUUAGCUUCGGUCCGGACAGCGAGACGACUUAGUAACUACAACUCGGUCAUUCCACCACCCCAACCCCUCAACCUUGACCCCGAUAUGCAUCCUCUGAAACGUCGCUUCGAGCCCAAACUACUCGAUAGGUAUCCGCCUCGCGAUGCCAAAGAAGAUCCUGGUAGGAGAGGGAGAUUUCCAGAUUAUGUACCCAUGUUCGCAUUUCCCAACGACAUUCAAAUAGUAUCUUCAGAUGAACGUCCGCGGUCAACAUGGCACGGAUUUACCAUGACCUCGGAUGAUAAUUCUAAAAUCUAUGGCGUAACAAUCAUUGUAUGGAUGGCGCUUACGACAGAUGUGGCUGAGGAAAUUGAGAAGAGGUGCGAGCGCUGGAGGCAAAGUCACAUGAGUGAGGAAGAGCGGGAACUGGCUGGCAGUUUGGGAGCAAGAUUGGCCGCUGAGCGUGCACAUUUGUCACAACUGCUGGCCAAGCUUCCAACCAUACCCUCCGGGUCAUCGGCUCGCGAGUCACUCGAUGAGCAAAUCAGUGCUGUUGAAGAAAAGAUCAGUCUGAUGGCGGAAAUGCUACGGCCCCUUAGGCAUGGGGCCGCGUCGAAAAUUGAUGGGCUUACCGCGGGGGAAAGCGGACUGUGGACCCCUCGCGCGUUUGGCAUUCUUGGACGUGAUGCUACCAGAGUAGGAUUCUGGAAAGACUGGCUUCGAGCUGUUAUUGUGCCGAUGACUGACGGCGGCGUUCUGCGGGUCCCUGCAAGUUCCCCCAGAGUUGGACGAUGGCAGCCUUUGGAGCGCUAUGUGGUCAAUUUGUGUACCGAAGCGUUCAGCCCUCUCAGUUCCAAGACGCAAGUUGAAAUUGGUGUCCGAGAACUUCGGCUCUAUGCUCGGACUGAAGCAGUUAAUGAACUUCCGGGUUCCCGUAAUACGGACCUGUACGCACUUUUCAGGUCUUUAUCACUCGAAAAUAUCGUUACCCUUUUCGAGUACGCAAUGUCUGAAUCUCGAAUCAUCUUGCUUUCUUCUCACACCUCCAUGCUUCAUUUGGCGUCGCAUGCCCUGGCCAGUCUUCUAUACCCGCUGACUUGGGCUAGCAUCUUUAUCCCAAUUUUACCUGCUAGGUUAUUAUCAGCUCUAGAUGCCCCAUGCCCCUAUAUUGUUGGCAUUGAGCGACGUUACGAUAACAUAGAACUUCCAGACGACGACUAUGUCCUUGUUGACCUCGAUAAAGACACUAUUGAUUCGACAUCACAACCAAUCCGUCUUCCCAAGCAAAUUCGACGCAAGCUGCUUUCAUUAUUACAACUUGCUGCCCCGCACGCCAUUCGAUGCGGUGUCACCACCGGGCCUCCACCAUAUGCCAUUGAAUCCUUCCCGUAUGACGCCUUCUCCGCCGAGAACGGCUCGCUGUUCCACGAAAAAGCCCAACCGAGUACUUUUGCCAAAUGGGUUGCUCAGAGCUCGACUUCAUUUGGUGAUCCUGAGCCAAAAGAAACGCUAAGGGUUCCUGUUUUCAAUGCCUUUGCUAAUGCAAAGCCAGGAGCUGCCGAUCGUCCGACAACUAGUAGAUCAAACAAGACUAGCCCGCCGUCAUCUGUUUCCCCUGUCUCUAUCAACUUCCCACCCAUGCCUUCGACACCAAUAUCGAAAAGUGAUUCAGGAUUUGCCCUUUCCGCAACAUUACGCGAGAAGAGAUCCGGGCACUUCGAUGAAAGGGGUCGUCGUAGCUCUUCAUUUGGACAAACACCAUAUCAUCGGCCUCACGCCCCCUUUCUAAACGGACACCAGGCUAACUUGUCAAUUUCGGCCAUUUCCAUUGAUUCUCAGUCGUCUUAUGGCGGAUUUGGUGGCUAUGCUCCGUCGACCUAUGCACAGUCCACCCUUGCUGCAUCUACCAUUAUGCCAAAUAUGCUUGUACAACCAGUACGUAAUACUGAGACAACAGUAUGGGUCGAGGGACAUUGCUUCAAUUUGAGUACGAAUGAUGUUAGUUUCACUUGUACCAUAUGUGACGAACGUUCUGAAGGAGAGGGAUGUUACAAAUGUUCGGGGUGCGGUGCCAUUUCACAUGGUCGCUGUCUCGGCUGUGUCAGCUUGGUGUGCCCAACAGCAUUUAAUACCGACAAGAUACGGGCCGCUUUCGUGCGCUGCCACGCCAGCCUGCUCUACACAUAUAGAAAACAUUUAGGUCGGCCAUCCAAAGAACAGAAGAAUAACGGCCAGUUGUAUGCAUUUGAUAUGAGUGGAUUCAUCAGGAGCUUGCCUUACGAUCAGCAAGAUUAUGCGACCAUGAUGAAGGAUACUCAAGCCUUUAACGAAUUCAUUCACUCACGAGAGACACAACCGCCGACCAAUUCAGACAUUCGUCUGUUUGAUGAGAUUAUCCUAGCUAAGAAGGCCCGUGGCAAACCUGGCCUUACCUCAGGAUUGUCUCGCCUUUCUACAAUUCGUGCAUCUCACGGAGUUGGUAGUAGUAUGCCGUCCAAAACGAAUAAGCUGUCACCUUAUCUCACGGAUAACUCGGAUCACCUCUGGCGCACUGCUUCUGUACCUAUGCCAAAUGCCAAAUUCCCGGGUGACUACCGAGCCGUUAUAACGAGGAUUCCAGCCAAGUUAGACCCUGCUUUGAUGAAGGAACCUCGUGCCAUACAAGGCGUGCCGCGCCCCGAGCAGCGCAAAAAAGGAGUGUUACGGAAGCAAGUUCCGAGUAUGAUGGGCAUACCAACCCUUUCUCUCCCUGUCCCUCCCAACCAAGACUCAUGA